GUGACGAAGAAGAAGACUUCACUUGUAUUGAUUAUUUUUUAAUUUCCGAUUCCAAUCCAAAUUACUAAUAUUUAUUGAGUUUGUUUGAUGUUGGUAUAAAAUAACGUUAAAAAUCAAAGUAAUAAGCUUGCUGGCUAUGCAUAUAUCAGAUGAUUUUAAUAUACGGGUGACUCACUGAACAACACUUACAAUGGAUGGCGGUACACACGUUUUGACAGAUACAGUAUCAGAUCAUUUGUAUCCCGCACUAUUUCAGUGCUUCACUAUUAUUGUGUGUGGAUAUGUUGCUGGAAGGCUUAAUGUUGUCUCCAAGGUGGAAUCAAAAGGCAUUGCCACAUUUGUGGGCACCUUUGCCUUACCAUCCCUCAUAUUCCUAUCACUGGCUCGGCUAGACUUCAGCAGCGUCAACUGGACAUUUCUACUGGCAAUAUUGUUGGGAAAGGGACUUGUGUUCUUCGCAGUCAUCAUUGUCACUCUAUCUAUAACAAAACCUAUGAACUUAGGACAGGCAGGCAUAUUUGCAAUAUUUUGUACACAGAGCAAUGACUUUGCAUUGGGAUACCCCAUAAUUAAUGCAAUAUAUGAGAAAACACACCCAGAAUAUGCUCUAUAUCUGUACCUAAUGGCGCCUAUAUCUCUUGCUAUACUCAACCCGCUGGCGUUUGUACUGAUGGAGAUACAUAAGCAGCGUCAAUAUCCACCUGCCGCUGCGGUCGAAACACGACGGCACCUUCACAACUUUAAGAUGCUCCUACAGUUGACUAAAGGCAUUGUCUUCAACCCAGUGCUAGUCAUGACAGUGCUUGGCAUCAUUGGUAAUAUCGCUUUUAAACACCAACUGUCUGUUUACAUUGAGGGUUUGCUAGAUGUGUUUGGCCAAUCUUUCUCCGCUGCUGCACUGUUUCUGCUGGGGCUGCGAAUGGUAGGACAAAUAACAAGGUUGAAGGGACCGGCGCUUUUGUUACCUUGCGUCUUGAUAAUGGUUAAACUGAUAAUUCUACCGGUGAUAAUGAGAGAGUGUGUAAGUACAUUGGACGCUGGCGUUAACGCAACCGAGACACAAGCGUUGUCGACAUACGCCUUCCUGUACGGCACCAUACCCACUGCGCCAGCAGUGUUUGUGUUCUCCAAUCUAUACCAGUUGGAGAUUGAUUUGAUGGCCUCGUCAAUGGUUAUAUGCACGUUUUUGUCUGCGCCGAUAAUAUUCCUGUCAUCCCAAAUGAUGUCCAUCACCAAGGACUACGCGGGACAAAUUACGAAGUUCGGUUUCGAUCUUUCGAUAGUCUCUCUGAUAGCGGCUCUGUGGGUGGUGAUUGUGUUCUCAGUGACUAAGAAAUAUAAGAGAAUGCCGCAUAGAUUGACAUUGAGCAUCGUCCUAACCCAGAUAUUUCUAGCGAUCAGCGUUAUUUUGAUGGGACCGAAGGGAGUGCCGGCGGAUCCUUCGUGGUAUGAUGUGUUACUGCAAGCUAUGCAGAUAUUCACCACCUACUCGUGUUUCAUGUGGACACCCAUGCUCACUGUUGGCCUUCUAAUGUUAGAGAUCCGCGGGCCGUGUUUCGCGGCGACGCUGUGGCCGGUGCUGGCCUUCGUGGCGUGGGGCACGGCCGGCGUGAUGAUGCUGGUGCUGCUGCUCACGCGCGAGGCGGGGCCCAUCGACGCGGCCGCCGCGGGCGCCAUCCGCCUGGGCCUCGUCAUCUUUAGCAUCACUUUAACCACCGGAUGCCUGAUACUGUACGUGAGGUUCCGGCGCCGCAGCUCGCUGUUCCCGCGCUCCGCGGAGGACAUGCUCGUAGAUCCGUCGCCGCCCAACGAAACGUCCAGCCUUGUCGAGAACGCCGAACCUAACUCGCACACGCAAUCCGUGUCUAACUUUGGAAUGGAAGAUCCAGGUUGUUACGGAACCAUAACAACAACGCCUUCGCCGAACAUGAACUGUUGCAGCAGCGACCCCAACUGUAGCAAUGGCCACUUGGCCGCCGACGCGCACGACAUCGAGGAUAUGGCCAAUAAUGGAAGGACUUGCGCGUGCCCACCGACGCAGAAGCUCCGCUGCAGUGCAGCAGAGACCUGUCCGUACCUGAACGAGCUGGAGGAGGCGGCCAACGAGCUGGGCCUGCUGCCCCCGGAGCAGAGCCACGGCCGCGGCGGACAGCUACUGAGACACACCGUGCUCGUCAUCGUGUACACUCUCACCAUGUUCUUAGACUUGACCUACAUCGGUUGGAAAAUAAUGCGUAAAGACGAAUCGGGCGUUUACAUUGAAAUAGAGUAUCUGGACACCGCAGCCGUGAACGGACAAGCGCUCAUCAUGUUCAUACUCUUCGGACUCGAUCCUGAGGAGAUGUUGAUACCUGCUGUCAGAUACCUGAGGAAGAAAUGGUAUGGAGCUGAUACCGUGGUGCUGCCGGCAGUGGAGGACCUCAGCUUCGAGACCAAACACGUCUGUGACCAGUUCAUCAAACACCAUCUCGACCGCUGCAAGGAGGCUAUCGCGAAGGACACCAGAUGGCGCAUGCGCACAUACCGCAACGUGUUCCGCGGCUCGUGCCUCGUGCGCUGGCUCGUGCAGUGCGGGCUGGCGGGCGACGCGCGCGAGGCGGUCACGUACGCGCGCCACCUGCUGGACGGCCGCCUCAUCGCGCACGUGCACAAGCAGCACCACUUCACCGACUCGCCGCUGCUCUACACCUUCAACUAGUCGCUAGUGUUGUACCGCAACGUGUGCCCCGUGUGAUAUUCCAAUAUUCUCGCCUGAAUAUUCGCAACUGCGUAUUCCAAUAUUCCCGCCUGAAUAUUCCAAUAUUCGCGACUGCGUAUUCCAAUAUUCCCGCCUGAGUAUUCCAAUAUUCGCGACUGCGUAUUCCAAUAUUAGCGCCUGAGUAUUCCAAUAUUCACGCCAUAGUAUUCCAAUAUUCCCGCCACAGUAUUCCAAUAUUCGCGCCAUAGUAUUCCAAUAUUCGCGCCUGAGUAUUUCGAAAUACGCACACCGUAACCGUACACGCACAUUGCUGUCCAUUAAAAUUGAAAUUACGAUUACUGUGUAAUGAGCACUCAUUUGCACUAACUUCAGAUUGGCAAACUUACUUGAUAUGAACUGUAUAAUUAUAACGAUGAUGUUUCGUCAUUCAAUAUAAGUUUUAGUAGUUAUAGUGUAAAGUAGUGAAGAAAAUAUGUAAAGUAUCGUAUCGUAUAGUAGUAUAUUCGUAUUUUUACUUGCAACUUGUACCUGCAUAUUUCAAAUAUCUCAAAAAUGUUUGAUACAGUUUAUCGAUAUAGAAUGCGCCAAAAUGAAUACAAAUUGUAUGUAUAAAAAUAUAUAUUUAUCCGAAAUAGUUAGUUGCGUGCGUAGUACUGUAUGUAUUGCGUAGUUGUUGUCUUGCCAGAAAUAAUAAUACAGGUUGGCGCAUUCUAAUACUAUAAUAAUAGUGGUAUAACCAAAGAAGUUAAGUUAAAUAAACACUUUAUAUUUUCAAUAAGCCAAUUUCCAUGCCUUUUACUAUUGAUUUAGUAGGACAUGGUGUUAAUCCAGUCAAAUAAGACUUGAAGAUUCCCAUAGAGCUAAAAAUUGGUACAAAAGUUCAGAAUGUCCCCAUCAAUUGCCCUUGUGCAAAAAAAAAAUUAUUGAUGGCAUCUAUGGGAAUUAUUGUAACAUUACUUCUAUUUUAAGGUUUAUUUGACUGGACUACAUGCAUAAACUCCUUAAGCCUAACGUUGGGUUUCUCUCGUUGACUUCACAUUGACAUUUUAACUUUGACGACAUGCAAAUUAAUUUCCAUUGAUUGAAUUAAAUGACAACAUAGCUCAGCUAUGCACGAACUAUGUAUGUGAAACGUAGUCAGCCAGGGAGGUACAUAAUUUUGUGUAUUGACCUCUUAUAAUAAAAGGACCAUGUAGAAAAUUUCACUUGAUAGCUGGCCAAUUUUUCUUUGACAGUAUUAGAAUUAUUGGUAAAGAAAAAUAAUAUAGUCCAAUAUUCAAUAAAGUCCCAAAUUCAGAGCAAAUUCAACCUUAAGGAUUGAGCUUAAGGUUGCAAAUGCGACUACUUGAAUUGAGUGCCAAGAAGUUGUGUUUGGCACUCAUUGAGCGGGGACGUUUUUUGGUCGCUGAUUGUGCAUCCACUUUUUAAUAGGAGAUCGAUGGUAUUACUGUUUGGAAAACAUGGGACUUUCGGAAUACAUUAGGAUAUAACCACAUUUAAAAAUGUACUGUGAUGUUUGAGAUACUAGAAUCUAUGUGUACUACGAGCAUAUCACUGUUAUAAUACCAAUUAUUUCUUUCAUUAACAUUUAUAGAUGUAGUCUUUUCUUGUAGUCUCGAUAAUGGGAUCUUACUCUUUUAUUUAUAAUUUUAAUUAUAAUACUGCGUAUAUACUACGAGUAAGUCCUUUCCUUUUUUUUCGAGGAAUUCCUUAAUAUAAAACUGACAAGUUGCACUUUUUUUUUUAAGUCAGGGACCAUCUUGCAGGUGUUGUUGGCAAGACUGCAAGUCUGGGUGGAUGUUGUCUCACUUUUGUUUAUUUAUAUACACUAAGUAUACAGGUUACUUCAGUAUAUUUAAUGUACUUAUUAUAAACGAAUAUCGAACCCCAAGGGAUGUUCAUGUGAUCGAAACUCUUUAGAUAUGGGUUUGUUUUCAUUUUACCUUAAAGAGCUCCAUCCAGAAAAAUCGUAACUAAAACGUGAAUUUUUUAUAACAAUUGAUAAAAAAAAUCGCCGAGAUGUGGAAAUGCGUACGACUACUGGUCAUUUGUUGUGAUAGCUUUUAAGUUUUAAGAUAAUUUAUUUUUCCAAUAGGUACAAUAUAUUCAUACAAUAUUCGUUGCAUAUAUAUCCGUCGGUUGAGAUUUCGGGGUAGGUUAAUUGUUAUUCUUUCGCUUAGACGUGUAGGUUAUUUUUCAGAUCUGUCCCAUAAUAUAGUGCAGUGCACGAACAAAUAGACAUAAAUAAUUUAUAUGUAUAAUAACAUAAAUGUAUGUAAGUACACAUUCUGUUUAUUAUCAGAUAUAUACUCAGAGACACAAUUAUCCGCCCACUUUCAUAUGACGCAAUUAUAUUAAAGUGGGCUGAUAAUUGUGCCUCUGAGUAUAGAUAAAAGAAGUAGAAUUUCAAUCAUUUUCUAGCGAAGUAAGUAGUUUACACUUAGAACAAUUGUUACCUACGACAUGAAAAUAGAUUACUAAUCAGCAAUUUUAAAACUCGACUUAGUAGAAUAAAAAUAAUGCGAAAAAUAGCGAAAUGCAUAAUUUUAAGCUCUCUCGAAAGAUACUGGUGUAAUAGUUGAAAUAACAAGACCGCUGUAUCAACCGUAACUAAUCAAUAAGAUGCAUGGUUAGAUACAUAUCUAGAAAUUUAUACUACUUUUCAGAAUUAUACAAAAAAAUAUAAUAAUAAUUAUUAUAUAAAUACAAUAGAAUUAUUUAAAGCAAGCCCAUAUCAAUGCACUAGUCGAGACAGAUAAAUAAUAAUCGGGUGUCGAGAUUGGUUGGAAGCUUAUGGGCUGCAAACACGAAUGCAUUGGUGAGGUCUUCUCUUUAUAUUAUUAUUAAGUUUAUUCUAUAAGUUAUUUAUAUAAAGUUAGUAGAGAUUCAAAAUGUCAUUUUCAUUUGCGUGAAGGUGAGACCAUGUAAUAAAUAAAACUUUUGCUAAACAUAUUUUACUAUUAUGACACAGGCCUAUCUGACAUACAACAACAAUAUAGAUACAAGAUAUAGAUUACAUUAUUUUAUAACACGGCUCACCAUUGACUAUACGAUUUUUAUAAGCUUUCAGGCGUUAUCAAAUUGCAGUACAUUCAUUAACUGUAUCAUUAUUAUUCAUUUUUAUAAUUUAAAUUAUGAGAGGGCACAAUCCUUUAAAAAAUAUUGUAUGUUAUAUCUUAUAUUAUAAUAAGUAUUAAAAUUAUAUUACAUACUUAAAGCCUGACUAACAUUUUGCGGGAUGUAGGAACUAAUUUAUGCCAUUAGCUUAUCUAAGCUAUGGCUUAAAUACUUGUGGCGCUUACUAUCCAGCUUUUAUACUGGUCAGGCCGUAAGAUAUAGCCAAAUGUAAUAUCUAGGCGUACGUAAUCUUUGUUUAUUUAUUUGCAAAUUUUUACGAGUAUGUAAUUGUGUAUGCGUGAUCUAAUGUGAUAUGUAAAGGCUGUUUUGAGCUUAAAUAUUUAAUUUUCAAUAAGAAAUAAUUUAGAAUUUAAACUGUCGUGAUUGUUAUUUAUAUUAAUUGACUAGCAGACCCGGUCAAACUUCGCUUUGACUUGUGUGCACCCUAUCCUUACUCUACACUGCUCUACCCCUACCUCUUGACUCUUAAACGUUUGUAUGGGAAAUAGAAAAGGGUUGUUUUUGUGGUUUUCCCGGCAAUUAUUCUAAUUUUUCUCACCUUUUAAACCUUCCCUAUAACUCCACGAAUAUUUCAAGACCAAGAUAAGAUAAAUCCAUCCAGCCGUUCUUGAGUUUUAGCGAGACUAACGAACAGCAAUUCAUUUUUAUAUAUAUAGAAGAUUAUGAAACACGGCUAACACUCACGUGAUACGUCAGAGGUAGGUAUGUCCGACUAGUUUCUAACCCGUACAGUGUCGUUUUAUGGGCUAAGAGCCUCGUAUAGAAUCGAAACUAUAGCUUAGCUAGUUCGUUGAUGACACACCCAUGAUAUGCGGGCGACGGCGGGGGGAAAAACUGCGCGGGGCAUCGCUACACCCCCGCCGCCCUACCCUCCCGGCUCGCGCAAGCAAUUUUUUUUUUUAUUUACUUGUUAAUAGAAUAUAACCAAAAUAAUUUAAAAAGUAAAGGUUGCCUGCUUUCACUGCUAUCACAGUGUACUGUAGGUUUGCUAGACAUAAACAGUUGACCCACAUUAUUUAUAUACCCUCAUCAGUUAUUUAGUCUUCUAAUAUGUCAAAUAAAAGCUUAUUUUAUGCUUAAUUAUUUUUAGGUUUCCUGUUAUCUAGUUCUAUGGUUUCCUACUUUUUGUAUGAAUGGUCUGGUCGCAAUUUAACUAGGCAACCUAUUUGCCAUGUAUCACUGAAUAUUAUCUAUCAUUUAUUUCUUAUCACCAAUAAAUAACAGAUGAGAGUAUGUAUUUCUAAUGCCGGAUCUUAGACCAUAAUAAAUUAAUAUUGAUAACAUCCAUGAUAGUUUAAAUAAAUUAAUAGACAUAUUUUAUCUUACUAUGAGUAAAUAUUAUUCUUGUAAUGUCUAAUAUAUUUAAUGUAUUUGAAUAUGUUAAAAUUAGAAAAUGAAAUAUAUACCUAUUAUUGUUUGUUGCAAUCAUAAA